AUGGCUGACAUCUUCAGCUUACCAGAAGUGGCAGCGAACAUCCCCAGUGGACUUGGGCCUGUGCUCAAGACUGUUCCAGCAUCGGCCAGGACAAAUGUCUAUUGUCAUCCAUGGCAGCUCGACCUGAGUGAGGAAGCCAAGUAUGGCCAAGUUGGGAAGUACCCCUCCAUGGUACAGGUGAGAGCACACCUGCCUUCAGUGGUUUGGAAGGGGUACCGGUCUGAAUCUGAAGCUUUGGAAGUGAAAUUCAACCAAGCUGCUGGGGAGACAAUCGACUACUACUCCAUCAAGUACAUUGAUGGUCACUGUAAGGGCAUCAUGUGCCAAACAAUCCUGGCCCUGGUGGUGGACAUGGGUUUGACCCAAGAAGAGAUCAGCAAAGAUGACGACUUUUGCAAGCUUUUGGCAUCUUUGAAGUACUUGCGAGCAAACUACACACCUCGUUCUGCCCAUGAUGCUCUCUAUGAGACCUUGUGCACUGCGCAUCGCACAAGUGAAAAGCAAAAGCCUGGACCCUUGGACCUUGGCUUGCUGUUCAAGGAGGUGAUCAGGGUGAAGAAGGUUCCCGGGUGCAGCUCUAGUGUGAGGGAGCUUCUUUUUGCAUCUGUGGCAGAGUACAACCGGAUGUGUACUUCUAAGGCUGGAACAUGUUGUGAGCAGUGUGUCUUAUUGAAUACCAUGCCCUACUCACACCUUGCUUUAACUGCACACUGCAUGCACCUAUUUUGUGUCAGGGUUGGAGGAUUAGUGAGACCACCAAGCGAUUCCUCUACAACCUGCUUCGAUGCGGUGAUGAGUUCCUGGAGAUCCUCAAGGGUUCCACCAAUGAUGUUGCGUGGAACUUGUCAGGACAGAUUGAGACAGUGCUUGUUGUGUAGCAACAUGACUAAAAUCAUGUUUCCAUGCUACAACAGAAGCAUUGACUUGUGGCACCCUGUCAGCCUUCACCCUGGACAACAUGGAUGGUGGUGA